GCACAGCGAGUCAAUGAGAGACAAUAUCGAUGACAAUUUCGAUAUUGUAUUUCCUGAAAGAUUCAAUAAGGGACGCACAAAGAGAGAUCUUUCCACAGGAUCAAAGAAUGGCCAUGACGAGGAGGCGACAUUUAAGCUGAGAGCUUUCGGUAAAGAUGUUGUGGUGGAAGUUCAUCUUAACAAGAUAGUUUCUUCACCACAGUUUACUCUUCGUUAUUUUAAAGAAAACGGCCAGUUGGUUCAUAGAAAGGAGGCACCGCCUAACUGCCAAUAUCAAGGUCACCUGAAAGGUCAUGAGGCGCAGUCAACGGUCAUCCUUGAUACUUGUCAUGGAUUAAGUGGCUUGAUUGAAGACGAGGAGAGUAGAAUGUACAUAGAACCAUACCCAGAAAAGGGAGAAGGAGCGCACAAGAUAUUCAAGACGAAAGACGGAAAGAAGAAAAUAUUUCUAUGUGGAACCAGUUUGAAUGGGAAUACCACAGCAGAUGGACUGAGCAAUUCAUUAACAAAAUUUAGGAUUAAACGGGAAGCUGAAGAGUCAGUGUAUAAGAAGUACUUGACAACAACGAAAACUCGCUAUACGGAGUUAAUGAUCAUUGUUGACAAUGCUGUGUACAAGAAAUACAAGCAAGACAUUAACGACGUGAAACGAAGAGUUUUUACACUAGUAAAUGCUGUCGACACGAUUUAUCGAAAGAUCAACAUUCGAGUUGUUUUAUCAGCGCUCGAAAUCUGGACAGACGAGGAUCACGUCCCUUUUGUUAAGAGAGCCGGCGAUGAUUUAAGAAACUUCGGGAGUCAUCACUCCAGCAGAGAAGCCGGAGUCACCUACGACAGUAUACACCUGUUGAGGGGCGUAAUGUGGGACGAUUAUGGUGGAAUGGCGUACAGAGGAGAGAUUUGUACCAGACGAUCGCUGGGCGUUGAUGCGUGGAACUACUGGGGUUCCCUCGGUCCUUGGUUAGCAUUAUCUCAUGAACUUGGACACAACUUUAACUUUGACCACGAUAACAUUUGGUCUUGUAAGUGCCUUUCACCUCGUGGAUGCGUUAUGGGUUCCUUCAAGACCCGAGUUCCUGGUUUCUCCGACUGUAACUUGCUUAACAUGACAAAGAUUGAUGACAGCUGUCUUUACAAUCUUCCAAAAAAGGCAGAGAACUCUAGAUGCGGAAAUGGUAUUCCAGAGCCUGGAGAGCAAUGUGAUUGUGGUACACCAGAGGAAUGUAGGGUACGAGAUCCCUGCUGUCAGCCAAAUGACUGCCGCUUGAAGAAAUCCUCCCAAUGUAGUGACGCGCAGAACAAAUGUUGCCGGAAGUGUCAAUUUUCCCCACUUGGAACGCUGUGCCGUAAAAGCAUAGGAGUCUGUGAUGUGGCAGAAGUUUGUUCCGGAAAGUCUGCUCAGUGUCCUCUAGAUGACCAUGUCAAAGACGGAAGCUUAUGUGCAGGGAGGGGAAAGUCAUUUUGUUAUCAUGGAAAAUGUGCAGCAUCAGCGGAUUUUCAAUGCCGAGCUCUUUGGGGAGCAGGUGCUUCAAGUGCUCCCCGCGCUUGUUAUGAAAAACUAAAUAUUGAGGCGCAAGGCUUUGGAACUUGCAGUGGGCAGACAAAUCUUCCUUGUGCAAGAGAGGCGGCUAUUCGUAAGGGAGGAAAUGGGAAGGAGUUUGAUGGAAUGGUCAAAGAUGGAACAGUGUGUGGUAACAACAAGAUUUGUGUUAAAAAUCAAUGCACCCAUGUUGGUCGACUGAUUUCAACGACGUGUCCAAGAGCAGGUGAUGGCAAGGAAUGCGCGGGCAAAGGGACAUGCACGAAUAAGGGAAAAUGUCACUGUCUGGGAAAUUUAGAUCCGGAUACAGCCUGCACAACAGCGAAACAAGUGCGCCAUGGCCGCUGGGGCGCAUGGUCUAAAUGGAGCCCAUGUUCAAAAGUUUGUGGAGGAGGAAUGAAGACAAGGUAUCGCUUCUGUGACAGUCCAGCCCCAGCACAUGGAGGAAGAGACUGUGGUAGAAAAAGGACAGAAAAAUCUUCCUGUAACACCGACAAUUGUCCAGUGGCACAUUCUUGUCAUCAUCUUUUGUCUCUGGGAAAGCAAACUGGCGUCCAGUUCCCAGACGGAGUGUACACAAUCAAUCCUGACGGAAAGGGACCGGUGAAGACAUACUGCGAUAUGACACAUGACGGUGGCGGCUGGACACUUUUGGUCACAAGCCACACAAACACGUGGACAGCUGAUAACAUCAAACAGAGAAAUCCGAAUAGGCCGACAUUAAAUGGAGAUUUUUCCAUUUUGUACAAAGCAGACGACAUCAAAAACAGUUUAAAUGUUGCCGGGGAAUGGUUUGAGUAUCGAAUUGAAGGCCACGAAAGGGGUCGCUGGGGUGGAAUCUGGCGCGCUCCACGUGAGUACACUUUUGUUGCUACGGACAACAAGCAGACGUUUGUCGAGUUGGUGAAGAAAUUCGACAAUUGGAAAUACGACGAUUAUGGAGUGGAGAAAAGAAUGCCUUGGAUUUCUGGUCCUAAGUUAACGACUUCUUGGAAUGCCACUGGAGACCGUCAAUGGGGAACUCUGAUCGCCAAUUCUAAAAUUUUCUUUCCGGCGCCUUGGUUGGACGGCAAAGAUCUUGAACAGCACCCAGUGAACAUUUGGUACUGGGUCAGAGAACAGAGCUUUAGUCCUCCGAGGUCAUGCGCUGAGAUCCAGCUGAGAGGUUCAUAUAGUAAACCGUUGACAGAUGGUUUGUAUACUAUUAAGCCUGGUCAUCGUCAAGUUCAGACCUUUUGUAAAUUCAGUGACCAUGGUGGGGCCUGGACUCUAGUAUUGACGAGCGCAAGUGACAAUGGAUGGGCACGAGAUAACGUGAAGUCAAGAAAUAUCCACAAUCCUUCGCUGUCCUCUGACUUCUCCCUAUUAGGGAUGGCAGACAACAUUACGAAAAUGAAACACUUUCAGUAUUUGAUGGAGGAAGAUGGCGCCAAGACUUGGGAAGGAGUCUGGACAGGAAACGCUGGUUGCUCAUUUACCUCUGGUCGAUCAGACGGAGCAUGCGUGAAAUUAGUUCACGAGCAGGGACACUGGGAUGCCAGUCAAGUACAGUCCACCAAGCGUCUGCCACGUCUAACAACUUCCGGUUAUACAUUACUGACGAGUGCUGACGAUCAGACAAAUCUCAAUGGUGCCAUUGUGUUGGAUGCAACACAUGGUGUAAGUCGAGCGAGAACAGGCACGAAAAGACUCUGGGUGCGCGAGGGAACCUGGAGAUCCUGCAAUGAAAUUAAAAGUGAAAACCGUGGAAACAAGGCAGCGGAGAAGGACGGACUUUACUUUAUUCUAAGGAACUCCCAUGAGUACUUGCCCGUUUAUUGUGAUAUGACGUCAGAGCAAGGAGCUUACACUUUACUCGUCACCAGUGCUUCGAAUGGUUGGAAAAAGAACGAAGUCAAACUCAAGAACCCCACGAGGCCGUUGUUAUCAAGGGACUACUCCAUACUUGAGUAUGCUGAUCAGAUUAAGGCUUUAAGUGGUGCAAAAAGGUUUAAGUAUCGUCUGGAGGCUAACGAGAGAAGACACUGGGGCGGAGUUUGGACGGCUCCAAUGAGAUACAGCUUUGUUAACGAAAAUAACCAGCAGACAGACGUUGCUCUCGUGAAACGUUAUAACGUUUGGAGAUAUAACUGGCAAGACUCACUUGAGAAGCGCAUGCCAUGGUUAGGAGCAAGAUCAGGUUUAUUAACAACUUCGACACACUCGGAUUAUUCUGAAUGGGGAACGAUCAUCUCCGAAAAAACAUCGAACAAUCCUGCUCCUUGGAUAUACGGUGUAAUGACGAACCCAGGCUUGAUCUGGUAUUGGAUGAACGAGGGUAAAAUUGACAAAAAGCCAACUCCAGUUUAUCUUGCAGAAAGUCCGAUCAGAGCCUACGGUGGUUUUUGUCUUCAGCCUGAGAGUAAGGAUUGCAGUCCGGCGGACAAUACCAGACUGGUUUAUAUAAAGGAUACGCCAGAAUGUUCAAAGGAUUACAUGAUGUUCACCCAUCACAAUGAUAUUCUUACUCAUAAAUGUAGUGGAAAGAAAGUUUGUCCUUUAGGAACAGUGACCUGGCAAACAUCGCUGGUCUUAUCAAGCACGUGCCAAUCAGAUGCGUCCAAAUUCCAAAGGACUGUUUAUACAACUCUGAGACAUACAGCAUCCGGGUUCUGUGUACAUCCCUUAUCCGGGACACCAAUAAGCAGUACGACAGCCAUAAUGUGGAAAGAUGAUUGCAGCGAAGACAGACUUCGACUUGACUUCCUCAAGUUACAAGUUUUUCACAGUCCAGUACAAGUACCUGGGGGGUUCUGCCUUCAACCAGAAAGCGCCAGCUGUAAUCCAGCGGACAACAGUCCACUUGUCUAUCACCAGUCCCCUCGAUGCGACAAAUAUUACAUGUACUUCACUUACAAAGAUGAAGUCCUUAUGCAUACUUGCAGUGGGAAGAGAGUCUGUCCCGAGGGAAGAGGAGUUACAGCGGAUAUGCGUCUGGUUCUCUCCAGUACCUGUGAUUUAAAUGUGUCGAAAUUUCAAAGGACCCCUCACAAAACAUUGAAACAUAAGGCCUCGGGCUUUUGCGUCCAUCCAUACAGAGGUCAACCCAUGGAGGGAGUCCCUGCUGUUUUUUGGAAAGACGAUUGUAACGAACAGAGGCUCAUACUGGAUCUUUAUAAGCUCAGGGGUCCUGGAUGAAACUCACCGAGAUAUUGUGAUUCACAGUCUUAAGUGAAAGUGUACUUAUACUCUGACAAGUGUGACUAGGAGAAUUCACUAGUGUUAGUCAAAAUAUCAAAUAAAGGAAAUCUGUGAUUAUUGGUUACCA